UAUAGAGAGUAAUAGAGAGGUGCAGUGGCCCAGUUGAGUUUUUGUUGGGUUGAAAAUGGAGGAUUUGCAGGUCGCAAAUCUCAAGGUAUUCCUUGCUUUGGCUUCAUUUCAUCUUCUUCACCACCACCACAUUUAAUAAUCAUCAUGGAACCAGUAAAGUACUUCAAAUUUCAUUAAUUUAAUCUUCCCCCUUUUGUUUCUUUACCCAUCUUCUUCUUUCCUCCAUUACUACUACUACUACAAAAACUCAACCAGCUUAGGGAACUGCAACUCCCCUCCCACCCCCCAACACUAUCAAAUCGUUCAACCCAAGCAAUAGAAGAAGACGAUACAAUCCCCCAAGUUAUGCAAACCCAAGAACCAAUUCUUGGAAUUUGAUGCAAAUGUCGAUGCCCAGCUCGAGGCAUUACCCUUCCAUUUCUAUUUCUUUCUUCUUCUUCUAUUUCUCCAUUUUCUCUCUUCUUCUCACCUUUGCCACCGCCGAACCUAACACUGAAGCUUCUUUACUCAUCUCAUGGCUACAUUCAUCCUCUGUUUCACCUCCUAUCUACUUCUCAAGCUGGAACAAGUUAGACACCAGUCCCUGCAAUUGGACUUACAUAACAUGCAACCGUUUCGGAUUUAUCUCCAUUAUCAACAUUCAAUCCGUCUCUCUCCAGCUUCCUUUACCCUUCAAUCUCUCCUCCUUCAAGUCCCUCACCAAGCUAGCAAUAGUUGAAUCAAAUCUCACCGGCACAAUACCUGAUGAAAUCGGCGACUGCCCAUCUCUUAUAUCAAUCGAUUUCAGCUACAAUAGUUUAGUGGGUGCAAUCCCACCGGACAUCGGGAAACUUCAGAAUCUUCAAGACUUGAUUUUGAAUUCAAAUCAGCUUACCGGAAAAAUACCGUCAGAACUCAGAUUUUGUCCGAGUUUGAAGAAUCUUUUGCUGUUUGAUAACCGGCUAGCCGGAUCAAUCCCGGCUGAACUGGGUCAAUUGUUAUCUCUUGAAGUUUUUCGAGCCGGUGGUAACAAGGAUAUUGUUGGGAAUAUCCCGGAUGAGAUUGGGAAUUGCGGGAACUUGACUGUACUGGGUUUAGCUGAUACUCGAGUCUCGGGAAGUCUUCCGGCUGCUUUAGGGAAGAUGAAGAGGUUAAAGAAUCUGUCUAUUUAUACGACGAUGAUAACUGGUGAGAUUCCACCGGAGUUAGGUAACUGUACUGAACUUGUGGAAUUAUAUUUGUAUGAAAAUGGUUUAUCUGGUUCAAUCCCACGAGAGAUUGGGAAGUUGGAGAAGUUGGAAAAAGUUCUUCUAUGGCAGAAUAAUUUGGUGGGUAAUAUUCCUGAAGAGAUUGGGAAUUGUUCCAAUUUGAUUUCAAUCGACGUCUCAAUCAAUUCUCUUUCUGGAUCAAUUCCUGAAUCACUUGGUGGGUUAUCUAAGCUUGAAGAUGUAAUGUUUAGUAAUAAUAAUGUUUCUGGUUCAAUCCCAUCUGUUCUUUCAAAUGCUACUAGAUUGAUACAAUUACAGUUCGAUACAAACCAGAUCUCCGGUUUGAUACCGCCGGAGUUAGGCGAUUUGACUAAUCUAUUGGUAUUCUUCGCCUGGCAAAACCAGCUUGAAGGAAGUAUACCUUCAAGUUUGGCUAAAUGUAGUAGUCUUCAGGCACUUGAUUUAUCACAUAACUAUCUCACCGGAAGUAUCCCCGGCGGGUUAUUUCAGCUUAUGAAUCUAACCAAGCUUAUGCUGUUAUCAAACGACAUUUCUGGUUCAAUCCCGGCAGAGAUUGGAAGUUCAGACUCUCUGGUUAGACUGAGACUUGGUGGUAACCGGAUCUCCGGCGAGAUUCCGAAACAAAUCGGUGGCUUAACAAAUUUGAACUUUCUGGAUUUAUCGAUGAAUAGGCUUUCUGGGUUUGUUCCUGAUGAAAUUAAGAGAUGUACAGAGCUUCAAAUGAUGGACAUUAGCAAUAAUACUCUCCAAGGGCAAUUACCCAAUUCAUUGUCGUCUCUAUCAGCUCUGCAAGUUUUGGACGUAUCGAAGAACAGAUUAUCCGGUCCUAUUCCGGCGAGCUUUGGCCGGCUGAUUUCACUUAACAAGCUCAUCUUGAGCUGCAAUUCAUUUUCCGGGUCGAUUCCUUCUUCUCUUGGGCUUUUGUCCAGCUUGCAAUUGCUCGAUCUUAGCAGCAAUCAGAUCGACGGGAAUAUUCCGGCGGAGUUAUGUAAGAUUCAGGCUUUGGAAAUCGCUCUCAACCUUAGCUACAACCAUCUCACCGGACCGAUCCCAUCUCAGAUUUCAUCACUUAAUAAGCUUUCCAUACUUGACCUAUCUCACAACAGCCUCGCCGGAGAUUUGAAUUCCCUCGCCGGACUUGACAACCUCGUGUCCCUGAAUAUUUCUCAUAACAAUUUCUCCGGUUAUCUACCUGAUAACAAACUUUUCCGGCAACUAUCACAUUCAGACUUGGAUGGAAACCAAGGCUUAUGUUCCUUUGGACGUGAUUCUUGUUUCAUGAGCAAUGUCGCCGGAGCUACUACAAUAGGAAGUGACUAUAAACAUUCGAGGAAGAGAAUCCAGUUAGCUCUUGCUUUGCUAAUAACAUUAACAAUCUCAAUGUUGAUCAUGGGAGUAAUCGCGGUGAUACGGGCAAGGAGGAUCGUUAAAUCCGACGAGGGAUCGGAGACGGGCGAAUCAUGGCCGUGGACGUUCACUCCAUUCCAAAAGCUUAACUUCUCGAUCGAUCAAGUCCUGAGAUGUCUUACCGAACCGAACGUGAUUGGAAAAGGUUGCUCGGGCGUGGUUUAUAGAGCGGAUAUGGAAAACGGGGAAGUUAUCGCGGUGAAGAAGCUUUGGCCCACGACAAAAGGGUGCGGUUAUAGCGAAGACAAGUGUUCGGUUCGCGACUCGUUCUCGGCCGAAGUGAAAACCCUAGGGUCGAUACGACACAAGAACAUAGUCCGGUUCCUAGGUUGUUGUUGGAACAAAAGUACUAGGUUGCUUAUGUAUGAUUAUAUGGCUAAUGGAAGCUUGGGGAGUAUUCUACAUGAGAGGAUUAAUGGUUGCAACCCUUUGGAAUGGGAAUUAAGAUACCAAAUCCUUUUAGGUUCAUCCCAAGGGAUUUCUUAUUUGCAUCAUGAUUGUGUUCCUCCAAUUGUUCAUAGAGAUAUCAAGGCCAAUAAUAUACUUAUCGGUCUCGAAUUCGAGCCUUACAUUGCUGAUUUCGGACUAGCAAAGCUCGUCGACGAUGGUGAUUUUGGUCGGUCCUCCAAUACCAUUGCCGGUUCCUAUGGUUACAUAGCACCAGAAUACGGAUAUAUGAUGAAGAUAACUGAGAAAAGCGACGUUUAUAGUUAUGGAGUGGUGAUGUUAGAAGUGUUGACGGGUAAACAACCUAUUGAUCCAACUGUCCCGGAUGGUCUACAUUUGGUGGAUUGGGUGAGGCUGAAAAAAGGUGGUAUAGAAGUCCUUGAUCCAAGCUUAUUGCCUAGAUCGGAUUCGGAAAUUGAGGAAAUGAUGCAAGCGUUAGGGAUAGCUUUACUAUGCGUAAAUUCCUCUCCGGACGAGAGACCUAACAUGAAGGAUGUCGCCGCAAUGCUCAAGGAAAUCAAGCACGAGAAAGAGGAGUAUGCUAAAGUCGAUGUACUACUGAAGGGCUCUUCGGUUGUGGCUUCUAUGGAAAAGAAGAAAUCGGAAAAACCUCCCGCGACUUCUUCUUCUACUAUUGGAACACGGAAUAUGUACGCGAAAAGCAAUAACACAAGUUUCUCGGCUUCGUCGUUGCUUUACUCGUCUUCGUCUAGCUCGAAGUUAGGUUUCAAAUGACUAUAUAUAUACUUCGUGAGCAAUCUAAAAAUAAAACAAUAAUUUUAAUAAAAUGCUUAAUGUGUGUAUGUGUGUUAAUGAGUUUGAAUUGAUAAGAUAGAAGGAUUAAUGAUCUAUUUGAUUAUAUUCGUGUUGUUAUUAUUUUAAAAUAA